AUGUCGAAGGUGUCGCUGAGAAAAGAGGACGGCAAAAGUGUUCUUAACGGAACUUUGAUUGGAGGACGUUUUCGCCUUAUUGAAAGGUUGGGCGGAGGCUCUUUUGGUGAAGUAUACACGGGCGUGCACGUCCAUAGUGGCACACAUGUUGCUGUCAAGAUUGAGGCGCCAAGGAAGCACAGCCGUGCCAUGUUAGAGUACCGAAUAUACAGCGAAUUCAAUGAAUGUGCGGUGGCUGUGGGCUUCCCUCAGGUGUACUUUGGAGGUCGGGUGGGGGGUUACAAUGUGAUCGUGAUGGAUUUACUGGGGCCCAACCUCGAGCAACUGUUUAGCAUCUGUGGCCGGGAUUUUGGGGUAAAGACGGUCUGCAUGAUAGGCAUACAGAUCAUCCAGAGAAUUCAGUGUAUGCACUCCAUGAGUUAUAUUCAUCGAGAUAUCAAACCUGAAAAUUUUGUCAUGGGUGUGGGGGGACAUUCGCAAACUGUGUAUGUCAUUGACAUGGGCCUGUCGAAGCGUUACCGGGACUCUUUCACGAUGCGACACAUUCCGUGGGAGGACAACAAGUCGCUUACUGGCACGGCUCGCUACGUGAGUAUCAACGCUCAUCGGGGCAUUCAACAGAGUCGCAGGGAUGACUUGGAAUCAGUAGCGUACCUUCUUUUUUAUUUUCUUCGGGGAAGUCUGCCAUGGCAAGGACUGAAAUCUCAACCGAAUGAUUACCGUUAUACGCGUAUUUGCGAUAUGAAAGCGAAGACGUCCUCGGAGACUCUUGCCGAUGGGCACCCCAAAGAGUUUGCAAAACUUUUGGAUUAUGUGCGUGCCUUGAAGUUUGAGGAAACUCCGAAUUACUCGUUUUGUCUGCAGUUGCUGAAUGAUGUGCUUACUUCGCGUGGUGAGACGUAUGACUAUCAGUAUUCGUGGUUGGCGAAGUUAGACCCACGGUGGGCAGAGAAAACGAAUGACGUAGAGUCAAUGGAAGAAGAAUUUCUUGACGUCAACGCGUCAUCCAUGGCGCGGUAUUACCACCGGCCAUCAUCCGCAAAUGCAUCACAGUAUCAAACCAUGACCGACGAGGAAUUUGAUAGGCCUUUUGGACAAAAGGGGGCGGACAAUUCAUGGAGGUUGUGCGAUUUGUACAAUAUAGACCUCUCUUUUUAG